UCUACUUCGAGACACUCUCCGACACACCCAACUCAUAGGCACACACUUUUUAAGUUGGUGAAGAUGAUUAAGAUGUAGAAUGAUGAUGAUGAUGAUGAAGAGAAAAACGUAAAUAACGACAAGGAUGAGUGAUGUUGAAGAAGAAUGACAAGGGUGGAUGAAGAUGAAGAAAAUGUUUUACUGUGUAGAGAUCUUUUAUUUUGAUGGCACCCUGACUUUUUGCUGCUAGGUUCACAUAGGCUCCAGACAGAGUACACUGUAUUCUGUACCUAAUGAAAUUACAGAUGGGACAAGCGAAGGGGACAAUAGAAAAAAUAGAACAACGUUAAGCAAUGAAUCUUCAAUGAAGACAAAUUCAAAAGGAACAUAUUGUGGUAUGGGAUUCUUUUUUGUUUCUCCUGUGGAAUAAUGGAAUUUCGUUUUUUAUACAUUUGUGGCGAUAUGGAGUAAAAGUCCGCCAUAUUCACUCACCACACCCGGAGUUCAACUAUUGGAGGCCUACCUCCUCGACCCAAAAGUAAGUGUUAUCAAGAGAGUCAUGACUUUGGGCUCCGUAGGGGCCUGUUGCCUCAGCGAAGAGGGGAAGGAGGCUCGACGGAUCAACGACGAGAUCGAAAGGCAGCUUCGCCGGGACAAGAAAGACUCGCGCCGCGAGUUUAAGCUGUUGCUUCUUGGGACUGGUGAGAGUGGGAAAAGCACCUUCAUCAAGCAGAUGAGGAUCAUCCAUGGGACGGGCUACUCCGAGGAGGACAAGCGAGGCUUCACCAAGCUGGUGUACCAGAACAUCUUCACUGCCAUGCAGACCAUGAUCCACGCUAUGGAGACCCUUCAGAUCCCUUACAAAUGUGAAGACAACCAGGGCCAUGCAAAUAUUGUCAUUGAAGUGGACGUGGAGAAGGUCACAAUGUUUACAAAUCCGUACGUUGACGCCAUUAAGAGUCUAUGGAAUGACCCAGGGAUCCAGGAAUGCUACGAUCGGAAGAGGGAAUACCAGCUCUCAGACUCUGCCAAAUACUACUUGAAUGCACUGGACCGUAUAGCUGAGUCAUCUUAUGUGCCGACCCAGCAGGACGUGCUCAGGGUCAGGGUCCCCACCACAGGCAUCAUAGAGUACCCCUUUGACCUCCAGAGUGUGGUCUUCAGAAUGGUGGAUGUGGGUGGCCAGAGGUCCGAGAGGCGGAAAUGGAUCCACUGCUUUGAGAAUGUCACCUCCAUCAUGUUCCUGGUGGCUCUCAGUGAAUACGACCAGGUCCUGGUAGAGUCUGACAAUGAGAAUCGAAUGGAGGAAAGCAAAGCAUUGUUCAGGACAAUAAUAACCUACCCGUGGUUUAAAGAUUCCUCAAUCAUUCUAUUCUUGAAUAAGAUUGACUUAAUGCAGGAGAAAAUCUUGUACUCACAUCUGGUGGAUUACUUCCCUGAAUAUGAUGGACCCCAGCGGGACCCACAGGCAGGAAGAGAAUUCAUCUUGAAGAUGUUUGUGGACCUGAAUCCAGAUUGCGAUAAAAUCUACUCCCACUUCACCUGUGCCACCGACACGGAGAACAUUCGCUUUGUCUUCGCUGCCGUCAAGGACUUCAUCCUGCAGCUGAAUCUGAAGGAGUACAACCUGGUUUAGACUCCAGCCAACCGCAGUUAGACUCUUUAAUGCAAUGUGAAGGAGUACAACCUGGUUUAAAGACUCCAGCCAACCGCAGUUAUAGACUUUAAUGCAAUCUGCUCCAACAGCUGCAGCUAGCGACCAGGGCCUGGAGCCAUAGUACAGACAGACUACUUCAGUAUGUCUGGUUGUCUUUCACUACGGUGAAACCCUACAGAACAUUUACAUAAAUGACUGUAUUAUAAUUUUUUCAACUGUUCACCACUGCAUUCUUUGUUUUGUUUAUGGGUAUCUUUGAUUUUCUUCAUGGGGUGCAUCUUGAUGAUGAAUAUUAUUGUGCCUUUUAGAGGAGAUUUGAUUCUGGUUUACAUUGAGAGUUAUUAAGAACUCUUUGUAAACCGUUUAAAACACAUAACAGUGUAAAUACACACUUCAGAUGAGAGUUCAAAAGUGCUUUGAUGUGCCAGGUGUCUCACUGAGGACUGUUGACCCACCACGCUCUUGUCAGAGAAAGUCUGGUGGACAUUUAGAUAACUUCUAUGAAUCACCUCACAUCCUUCCGUGGGUCAUAGUCACACUAGCGUUUUCCCUAUAUGCAUUUAGCAGGGGCGCAAAAUGUAGAUGUAUAGAUGUAGAAUAGAUGUAUGCCCUCCCCACCCCCUGCAGAAGGACCCCAGGAAGGCCCCAAACACUGCACAGUCUAUAAUGUGUUUUUUGUAUUGAGAAGUGGUUUAAAUACAUUGUUUACGUAUUUAAAAUAAGUAGUAAUUCUCUGGGUCAGAAGAUAGAAGAAACAGUCAUAAUCAUCACCUAGAACAUGUAAACUAGCAAACAUUUAUUUUAAUUUUUAUUGGUGUAUAGCUAAGUGUUGCCAAAUUAAUAUUACCUCUAUUGACUGAACACCAUCUACAGAAUGGUGAAAUCUGAAGCUGUACCACCAAAUUUCAGCCAAAACGCAUUUGAUUAUCAACACUUUUCAGUUGUGAUACUGUACGUCAGCUACGAGUGUUCUAAAAUAAGUAUAUUAGCCCCCACUAAACGGUGCAUCUUGAUACUGUUUCUCAUCCAAUGAGGGAAUGUUAUCACAUUUACAUGAGGUCUAUCGUUGAUCUGUAACAUCUGCUUUUUGACAGUCCUUUGUAUUCUCAAUGGAGGUGUACUGUAUUGCUUUGGCACAGUUUCAGUUUAGGGAAUUUAAACUUUAAUGAGUAUUAUCGAGUCACUCUGGUUUCAAGAUCAUUUGUGAUAAGGGCUGAAAAUGAUUCCCCAUAUGUAGUAAAUGCCUCCUUGCACUUUGUAAAUACAAACUGAUACAGUGAUUUUCUGUUUCAAGGUCCUGUAAAAAUAAAAAGUGUUGUAAUUGUUA